ACGGAGUAAACAUUACGGUAAGUUGCGAACUUCCAGAAAAGGACAAAAAAAUGUGGAUAUCUGUGAUUCAAUGCUCAAGCUCAACCGCAAGUUCUAACGGCCAACUUCUUUUCUUGCCAGUUGCCACUAUCUUUCUCUCUCUACCUCUUAAUCUCUUAUGGCCUCAUCAAUGGCCACAUUAUUCCAUUUUCCCGCCAAUUCCCACACUUUUUUCUCCGUUAAACCCUUCUUAAACCCUUGUUCAAUCUCCAAUCCUUCAAUUUCCCCCAAAUCUCCUAAAUUCUCUCUCUCCUCAUCCCAAUCUCUCGCCGCCAAAACCCACCUCCUCAGCCUAAUUUCCGAUCAAGAUCGCGGCCUUAAAACCCAACAAAACCCUAAUCUCCGAUCCCAAAUUAUCGCCGCAAUCGAUUCCCUUGCUGUUCUGGGCAAAGAUUUUAUCACAACUGACAAUUCCCUUUCUGGGACUUGGCGAAUGCGUUGGACUACUGAAAAAGAACAGCUUUUUAUCAUAAAAAAUUCUGGGGUUUUUGGUACAAAAGUUGGGGAUGUUCUUCAAGUUAUCGAUGUUGAUAAUCUUAUGCUCAAUAAUGUCAUCACUUUUCCCCCAUCUGGGGUUUUCUUCGUUAGAUCGAGUAUGGAGGUUGCUUCCACACAAAGAGUGAAUUUUAGGUUUACGAGUGCUGUAUUGCGAGGAAAGGAUUGGGAGGUUCCUUUACCACCCUUUGGGCAAGGAUGGUUUGAAUCUGUUUAUUUGGAUGAUGACAUUCGAGUUGCCAAGGAUAUUCGUGGAGAUUACUUAGUUGUUGAUCGAGCUCCUUAUGAAUGGAAAGAAUGAGGUCGAAAAACACUAAACAAGCAUAGUUUCGUUAUAUGCUCCACGACUUCUUGUAUGUAAUCUCACUUUGCUUUACUGUAAGUUUAUAAUUCUUCUAGGAAAGGAUAUACUGUAAAUGAUGUAAAUUAAACUGUUUUCAAGUACUGAUGAAAUAAAAUGGUUAGCAUGUCAGAUUGAGCUUCA